AUGUCUUACUCUCGUCAAGAGAAGCGUAUCCAGACCGCAUAUGACAUCCAUGCGACCUAUGUUUUGUUCAUUGAUGGCAUCGUCCACGAAAUGGGUGACGCACUUGACGAAUUGGAAGUUCGUCUUUGUCACCCGUGGGCGCGAAGAAGUUUUUAA